GUCGACCGACACACACCGUUCGGCGAAGUACAGAAGACAUACGGCAGGACGAUCUCGUUCAUUCAAUAUGGCAUCAUCAGUGAAGGCAGUUCAGACGUUUGGCAAGAAAAAGACCGCCACUGCGGUUGCGCACGCUAAGGAGGGACGUGGUCUGAUCCACCUUCACGGCUCUCCUAUCUCCCUUAUCGAGCCCGAGAUUCUCCGCAUGAAGGUGUACGAACCCAUCCUGGUGGCAGGCGAGGAGGCGUUCGCAAACAUCGACAUCCGUCUGCGUGUCAGGGGUGGAGGACACAUUUCGCAAGUUUACGCUAUCCGUCAGGCGAUCGCGAAGGCGCUUGUUGCGUACUACGCGAAAUAUGUCGACGCGUACAGUGCGAUGGAGCUGAAGAAAAAGCUCGUCGCCUACGACAGGACUCUUUUGAUCGCGGACCCGCGCAGGAUGGAACCGAAGAAGUUCGGUGGUGGCGGUGCGCGCGCACGCAGGCAGAAAUCCUACCGGUGAACCGCGUAUCAAUCCUCGGUUUGCUUUGUGUUGUCAUGUCCCUCCAUCCUCUCUCUCCUUCGCGCCACAGUGUAUGCAGUAUCUAUGGCAGCUUCCAAUGCAGCGCUCAUCAUGUCGGAUACCAUUGUGUUGUGUUGCAUAAGUUGUCGAGGGUCCAAUAGGCGUUCUUCAACUAGCCAGACCUGAUCGUUAUUUGUUCCCAAGAAGGCUCAAAUUUUGACGGCCACUGUGAUCUUGCAGUGUAUGGCGCGAGCGUUAAUCUGUUCCUUCCUCAG